AUGCUUAUAUCAGUGAUAAGGCGAGGAACCAUCAAGGCCUAUGUUAAUGACGAAAUAGAACGUAUCGAUGCGGACUUCCUCAACAACUACCCUAACAAAGAUGACAGACGCCUUUUAGCAUACAAUCCUCGAGCGCUCGCAGAUUUUUCACUCGACCGCUGCUCAGAAGGCGAUGAUGAAGAGCGGCAACAACUUCUGGACUGGCAUUUAUUCAAAGACUUGGCUCGCACCACAUCCUACGAAGAAAGCCCUCCGGACCCAGACGAUCCCGAACUCACCUUUAGCCUUGAAGAUGCUCCAGAAAGUAGUGAAGGUGACUUAAGGCACUAUAGUUUAGCAAAACGAUAUGAAGAUUUCGACCUGAACAAUGCUGUAUACCCUUCCAUUACACGUUUCUACAACGAAAUGAAGCAGGCAUUAGAUGCCCAGCUCGUGAAUAAGCCUCAUGAAUUCAAUAAUAUUGAUCUACUGGCUUUGGAUAAGCACAUUAUACUGGAUGUGAUUGAAUUCAACGGAGAUUUCGAAAACGGAUUUGUUGACUAUGUACCGACAAACGCAAACUUCUUCAAUAGAGGAUGCCCCAGCUAUUUUAUUAUGGAAGCCGACAUACUUGAUCCAAAUCUUCGUCAACAGCAAAUUAUGGAUUCCAUUGAAGUACUUAGUCAGUUCUGUAACAUCCCUGACCUCAAGGAUAGCAUGAUUCGCUUCUUUAAUACUAUACCUGCGUCAGUGCAAAGGUUCGCAAAGUGGGAAUCAAACUUCAGAGAACACUCAGAUAGUCUGUCGUUUUAUCGAACACUGUUACAGUACAGUAACAAUCUGCAUGUCCCGGAUGAGGUCCAGCAGGCCAUAAAAUGCGUCCUCAUCCUCCCCGCAAGCAACGCCGACCCCGAGCGCAGUUUCUCUGCUGCUAACAGGCUCUCUAGAGAGGAAAAGAGUAACAUAAAGAUGGAGUCUCUAGACAACAUCAUGACGUAA